AUGGCGGAUUCAAGCACCCCAAAGUUGCAGCAUCGUGGGCGCGGAUUGCACUUGGAGCCUUAUAGCCUUCAUGAUCAUGAUUCAUCUUGCGCACAAAUGAGGCCCUCUCUGUCCAACGAGGCUGUCCUAAAACCCAUCGACGAAUUUACCAAUCGACCAUACCCUUCGUCAUCCGUCUCGCGCAACACAAUGGCUUCUACUAGCACUCGUGUUGAUAAUCGGGUCGCGAAGAGGGAAGUUAGGACGCUUCCGUCCUGGAUAGAUUCCUAUGAUGAUGUGGACGACCCGCUUGCAAAUGGGUUAUCUACGAAUAAGUUCUUAUCCUCACCAUCUCGAGCACAUUCUGCACACCAUCAUCAUACCCCCGCACAACCGUCAAGACGAAUGUCCCAGGAUGGGUACGAGGACAUAUACGAUGAGACUCCUAAAAUGACGGAGAAGAAGCAUGAGUCUGGAUUUUUCGGCCACAAGGAACCAGUGAGAGGGCGGAAAUGGGACCAUGUACGGGAAGGCGAUCCAGUAAUUAUGCAAUCGAAUGGUCAAUUCGCGUCCCCCUGGCGGACGUAUAUUAAGUCGUCGAUGUAUGGACCGGCACCGUCUGAAGAUAAUAAGAGGGUUGAUGAAGAAUUCCUGCAACAACAAACUCCUGGGUUCGAUAGGCCGUGGCGAGGUGACUUGGACGGAGGAAGUGAUCCAGAAAAGUCGUUGGGUCUGCUGCACAGCAAGAAACGACGGCGGUCUUUGCUGAAGCGGUGGCAGCAAAUCAUCCUUAUACACCCUCUUAUACCACUUAUAUUCCGUGUAAUAGUUUUUACAACAUCAAUUAUUGCACUUGGCCUAUCUGGGUCCAUAUACAAACUCUCUAGAUUUUACGCAUACCCCCAAAACCCUUCCACUGUUAUGGCUGUAGUUGUGGAUGUGGUUGCAAUCCCAUACAUUAUAUACAUAACUUGGGACGAGUAUACGGGGAAGCCCCUAGGAUUGCGGCCUCCAAAAGCGAAGAUACGGCUAGUCCUUCUGGACCUCUUCUUCAUCAUAUUUGAGUCUGCCAAUUUGGCAUUGUCAUUUGCGGCCCUGGUCGACGAACAUGGGAGCUGCAGAGAUGUUCGCAAUGGUUAUAACCACGUCCUCUGUGUACGAGUCAGAACCCUUUCCGGGAUCUUAUUGAUUGCGUUAAUUAGCUGGAGUGUUACAUUUACCAUUAGUAUUUUUAGGUUGGUAGAGCGUGUUGGUGGUAGAGACGAGGUGGACUAG